AUGAUGAUCAUUUUUGAAGAGGUGUUGUUAGUACGAUACAACAAGAACAUUAAACCAUCACAAAAUAAAUGUUCGGCAACGAAUCUUCACAAUAAUGUGAAGCAAUUAUUUUGGCAAUGUCUACAAACUUUAGCAAUUUUUUCUGUUCUUCUAAUAUGUGAAAAUUGUGGAAGUUUCUAG